GGAAAGAGGAACGAUUGAUAACACUUCUCAGCCAUUGGGAGACCCAGGAGCAGUUUUAUCCGCCUGGUUCCAGGCUCUGGUGGGGUCGUGUAGCCACUUGAAGAUAGCAAACGUACAGAGGUGCUUGCUGCAUCUGCCACAUCACAGAAUAUGCACCUACUCAUCACAAGUACCUCUCUCCCCUCUGGGCAGCAGGAACCCUUCUAAAAAUGGAGAGAUAAAACACUUCAGGCCCCUACGACACAAGGCUGUGCCGGGACACUCAUUCUGUCCUAAUGGAUCGCAGCAGAGAGGCUGAGAUGGAGCUGAGGAGAGGACCCAGCCCACCUAGGGCUAGCAGGAGCCAUGAAGUAGACGGGGACAAGGCCGCCUGCCACAGCUGUUGCAUCUGUGGCAAGAGCUUUCCUUUCCAGAGCUCUCUGUCACAGCACAUGCGCAAGCACACAGGAGAGAAGCCCUACAAGUGUCCCUACUGUGACCACAGGGCUUCCCAGAAGGGCAACCUCAAGAUUCAUAUCCGCAGCCACCGGACAGGGACGUUGAUUCAGGGGCACGAGCCAGAGGCGGGAGAGGCUCAGCUGGGUGAGAUGCGUGUCUCUGAGGGCCUGGAUGGGUGUGCCAGCCCUACUAAGAGCACCUCUGCCUGCAACCGUGUCCUGAACGGAGCUGUGCCGAUGGAUGGCAGCAAGAUUCUGCUCAGAAGCAGCCGCAAGGAGGUAGAGGGUGCGGCCAGUGCUCAGGAAGACACUGAGGCCAUGGUGCCGUGCUCCUUCUGUAAGAGCCGGUUUGAGCGUAAGAAGGACCUGGAGCUGCAUGUGCACCAGGCCCACAAGCCGUUUAAGUGCAGGUUGUGCAGCUAUGUCACCCUGCGGGAGGAGUCUCUGCUUAGUCACAUCGAGAGGGACCAUAUCACUGCACAGGUGCCCAAUGGCAGCGAGGCCUGUGUGGAGAAUGGCAAACCUGAGCUGAGCCCUGGGGAGUUUCCCUGCGAGGUCUGUGGCCAGGCCUUCAGCCAGACCUGGUUCCUGAAGGCACACAUGAAGAAACACCGGGGCUCCUUUGACCAUGGCUGCCACAUCUGCGGCCGGAGAUUCAAAGAGCCUUGGUUCCUCAAGAACCAUAUGAAGGCACAUGGACCCAAGGCAGGAAGCAAGAACAGACCCAAGAGUGAGCUGGACCCCAUUGCCACCAUCAACAACGUGGUGCAGGAGGAGGUCAUUGUCGCUGGCCUGUCCCUCUAUGAGGUCUGCACAAAGUGCGGGAACCUGUUUACAAACCUGGACAGCUUGAACGCCCAUAACGCCAUACACCGUAAAGUUGAAGCCAGCCGGAUACGAGCCCCGGCUGAGGAGGGGGACACAGAGGACCCCCUGGACACUAAGCAGUUCUUCUUACAGUGCCUGAACCUGACACCAUAUGUGGCUGGUGAUGUGUCCCCCAGUGGGCAGGCUGGACAGCGGGUGGCUGAGUUGGACCCUGUCAACAGCUAUCAGGCCUGGCAGCUAGCCACCAGGGGUAAGGUGGCUGAGCCGGCUGAGUACCUCAAGUAUGGGACCUGGGAUGAGGCCCUGGCAGGGGAUGUAGCCUUUGACAAAGACAAGCGAGAGUAUAUACUGGUGAGCCAGGAAAAACGUAAGCGAGAACAGGAUGCUCCUUCUACCCAAGCUCCUCCAAGGAAGAGGGCCAGUGUACCUGGGGACCCCAUGCUUUCUGGCCACCUUGACCCCCGGCCAGCCUCACGCCCCAACCGCAGGGCGGCGGCCACCACUGGCCAGGGCAAGUCCUCUGAGUGCUUCGAGUGCGGCAAGAUCUUCCGCACCUACCACCAGAUGGUGCUCCACUCCCGUGUGCACCGCCGCGCACGCCGCGACAGGGAUCCUGAAGGGGACAGGGCAGUCCGUGCCCGCUGUGGUUCACUCAGCGAGGGGGAUUCGGCUUCCCAGCCAAGCAGCCCUGGCUCAGCCUGCGCCAUUGCUGACUCCCCUGGCCUGGCUGAAGAAGUGGUGGAUGAUAGUGGUGAAGAGGCUGUGCCUGAACCCGCAUCAGGGGGCCAGCCACGCCUUUGCUGCUCUUCUGGAGAAGAGGCACCCACCAUGCUCUCCAACGGAGACCAGAAUCACAAACUUGGAAAUAACCUGCCAGAGAGAGACAUCAGCGAGUCCAAGGUGGGGAUGGCCACGCCGUCUGUGUCCAUACUUGAAAACAGCAGCAGAGAGACCACCAAGGGGCCCGAGCAGCAUAGAUACUCUCUUGACUUAAAGAUGCCAGCAUUUCACCCCAAGCAGGAGGUGUCCAGCACUACUGACCGGGUAGAUUUCCCUUCGAGCAUGGAAAUAAGUAGCCCGCAGCACCCCCUGGACAGCCAGGCUGGGCAUUCUAAAGACAAGCUGUCUGAUUUGUACAAGGAGCUCUGUGGGGUAGGAAAGCGGGCAUCCGCCCCUGACCUGGUCCCACUGGACUUGAGCAUGAAGUCGAGCCGACGUGACCCCAGCAGUAAGGAAGCAUGCUCCCUGCAGGAGGCCCUGGUCAUUCACCCGUGUCCUUACUGUAACCACAAGACCUACUACCCUGAGGUCCUGUGGAUGCACAAGCGCAUCUGGCACAGGGUCAGCUGCAACUCUGUAGCACCUCCGUGGACUCAGCCCAGUGGCCACAAGAGCAUUCGCAGCAACCUGGUUUUCCUCCCUCGCAGUGGGCGCACAGGCCCUCCGCCUGCGCUUGGGGGCAAGGAGUGCCAGCCCCUGCUCCUUUCUCGCUUCACCCGCACCCAGGUUCCAGGUGGGGUACCAGGAUCAAAGGGCAGCUCCUCUCCCCUUGGGGUGACCACAAAAGCCGCUAGCAUGCCUAAGAAUAAGGAGAGCCAUUCUGGGGGCCCCUGUGCUCUGUGGGCCUCUGGCCCCGAGGGAUAUCGACAGACCAGAGCUGGCCAAGGCCAGGAACCGCCCAGUGCUGCAGUGCAGGGACCCCUGGCCAAACCCAAACCGGAGGCCAGCUCCAGGUUGGCACCUUCCCCAGGCAGUGGGGGCCUCAGCAGAAGUGCCACCCCCACACCUUCAGUUAUAACCCGUGUUGGUGCCCAGCCCUCAGCCAGUAGCAAACCAGUGGAGAAACUCGGGGUCUCGGCAGUGGGGACUGGCUUUCCCCCUCCGAAUAAGCACAGUGCCCCAGACUCUCUGAAAGCCAAAUUCAGCCCUCAGCCUCAGGGUCAGCCUCCCUCGAAAGGCGAAGGAGGCUCUCCUCUACCUCCCCGAGAACCCCCUGUGAAGGUGGCCCAGGAGCUGAGAACACUAGCCGCCUGUGCCGUGGGGUCCAGAGGGGAUACGGCCUUGCAGGCCCCACCUGGUGCGCCUCCUACCUUACACUCCACCAAGCAGGAGCCGGCAGCUGAGGGGCAGGAGAAACGCCUGGACAUCCUCAGUAUCUUUAAGACGUACAUUCCAAAGGACUUCACCACACUCUACCAGGGCUGGGGUGUCAGCAACCCUGGGCCUGAGCACAGAGGGACAUCACUAACAGGGACACCACGGACACAGGCCCGCCAGGGAGAGUUUGUCUGUGUGGAGUGCGGGAAGAGUUUCCAGCAGCCCAGCCAACUCAGGGCCCACCUUCGGGCACACACAGUGGCAUUUGAGUGUGACGGUCCACGAGAUUCUGAAGUUCACACAGCCUCAACAGAUGCCCCUAAACAAGGGAGAGACCAUACUACCCCAGUGACUGUGCCAGCGGGGCCCCUCCGAAAGGGGACCUAGAGACACACCUCCAGCGCCCAGCCCCGUGAUAGUGUUGACUGUGGCCUCACGGGUGAUUGGAAGGCUCCCAGCAGUGACCAUGGCCACUUUGGGGAAGAAGAUCCAGGGUCUCCUGACCAGAUACCUUAGACCCGGGAGCUGUUGCGCUAGAGCAGAUCCAGGGAGAUGCCUCCCUUGGUAAUGUUUAGGGACAGCAAAGAUGCUAUGCCUAGAAUUCCGUGUAGCUUUCACACACAUGUAUGUGCUCAUCAACCAUGGCCUGUGUUUCCUCGUGAUAAGCAGUGGCAUUGGCAGGCACAGUAGGAGCUCAAGGAGUCUGUAGUACUCAAGACAGGCAUGAGACACUGGAAAAAAGAUACUGGUGUGUUUGGAUGGAGUGAAGGGCUGAGCGUUGUGGGGAGGUCCAGUGCUUAGGACAGACGAUGCUGUCAGGACGUGGGAGCGGAGGGGUCUGCACUAUUGCCUCUCCCUGCCUCAGUGGGUACUUACAGUAGCAGGUGAGAUAGAGGGGUGUUCAGGUGGUGUUCGAGCGCUGUGUAGAUGAACUUGGUGAGGCAGGGCGAGGAAAUCCUCGAGGUUAGCUUAGGAGUCCGGCCAUGACCCUCUCUGAGCUGCUCAUGCUCCGCCAUGCUGCGUUCUCACCAUUCAGGCUGCGUCCGGCUCAGGAAACACUGCAGAGGUGGGACACAUAGAAGUCUGCUUUGGAAAAGAAACAGUAGUUGAACACUAAGAGGAGCAGGUGUCUUUUUUAUUCUCAGGACCUUUUUUGUAACAGGGCUACAUUCUGCAAACUGCUCACAGAAGAAGACUCCAUGUCUUAACAGAUUAAGCCACUGAAUCCUCCCAAUUUGGGCCUGUUUUGGUGAUAGCAGAAGAAUCCUUGAGCAGAUUGGGGGCCCUAGAUCAUUAGGGUGCUAGUGCUCUGGAACCUUCUGUUUCCCCCCUCCCCACCCAGCCUUUCCCUGCACCACCCCAGCAAAUAGAUGUCCUUCCCUGUCGGGCCUGGUGAGCACCAUUGGACGAGUGACUUUGUCCACAGAUUAAUGGGGAGGCGCCAGGCCUGAGGGCGAGGAUGGCUUUAUAUACCUCUUCCUUAGUCACGCAAGUUCACGUUUCUGCGGUGGGGUGAAGGCCCUAGCAGAGGCUCUGAACCCACGCGACGUGCGCAGUCGGAACUGUAUUCCGCAGGUAGCAGCAAUCCCUCUUCCCGUUGCUGUGACACUGUGUGUGAUGGCGAUACUUCUGCAAGUUCCAGAUGUUUGCACAUAGGAUUUUAUGCAUUAUCAAGAAUUACUGCUGCCUUGAAUGAAAAUGUUCUGUGAAAUUUUUUGCAAAAGCUUUACUAGUUUUUUUUAUUGUGAAAUUUUGUAAAGGCAGGAAAUGGAUUAAGACGAGCAUGCUAAAUAUAUUUUUCAAAAAAAAAAGCAAUAAUUUUACAUGUACAGAAAUUAUCCUAACCUUUAAUACUGGUGAGAGCGACAGUUUACUUAACCCAGUAAUGGAUCAGUGUGGCUUUUGUAGGAAACGGGCUUCUGAUACAAAGACUUGUUUAGACACACAUGUGUACAUGAACCCUGGCGUGUGGUUUCUCUGUUCUCAUAAUCUGUUGGAUUAUUAUUAUUAUUAUAUUAUUAUUAUUGUUAUUGUUAUUGUUAUUGUUAUUGUUAGCUAAUGUUUGAUUCCAGAUUCUAUUUGUUACUGUUUUAAUUACUUGACUGUUCAGGUGACUGCUGCACUUGCAAGCAAUGCAAUGUUAACUGGCUAGCAGAUACAUAUAUACACAUAUAUAUAUGUGUGUGUGUAUAUAUAUAUAUAUAUAUAUAAUUAUUUUUUUUACUUAUUUUUUCCUGAUACUCCUACACCAGGUAUGCAUGAGAAUGGCUUGCCAUGUCGGAGUGCUUGGGAAUAUCAAUCAUUCUGAGACGUUACUUGGAGCAGGUUGCAGAGACACAUUCCUCUCUCCGCCUGAGGCAGCGUAAUCCAUGUCUGUUGAUGGCGUUUGUUCGUUUUGAUAGGUUCCCCAUCAUUUCUGCAUUCUCUGGUUUUUUGUUUCCUUGGCUGAAAGUGAAGGUGAGAGUUAGGAAUGUCAGGGCCUGUGAUGUGGCCUGUCUGUUUCUGUGUUUUAGUUAUUAAACAUUUCUGUACACAAAGGGA